UAACAGUUAAAAACGGGACUGUGUGGUAGCAAGAGCAUCCAGUCUGGCAUGAAAAUGAGGUGCUGUGUUUUUCUGUUUCUGCUCCUGCAGGUUUUGGGAGUUUUAGGCUUUCCUCUGUUUAAACUCAGCUCAAAAGCAGAUGAUGCUCUGCAGAUAGCACUCAAUCGGAUCAAUGCACGCAUUGCCACCAAUCACCUCUACAGAGUGUCCAAGGCAGACGCAAAGAGGAUUGUUCCUCUGGGAAUGGGCACGUUUGAUCUGCAUCUGAGGUUUGGCAUUAGGGAGACGGAGUGUCAGAAGAGCUCUGGGGUCGAUCCUCAAGGCUGCAUGUACCGCAAAGGUUUUUUUGUGUUGGAAGCAGGGUGCUAUAUCAGAGCCAGAGUGAACCAGGAUAUCACUCGCAUCAUCUCUCUCAGAUGCACAAAGGCCGACAGCUCGAGCUCGGAGUCCAGUGAGGAGGGGGGGGUUAGGAUUAUACUAUGAUUUAAAUCAUUUUGGGACUGGAGACCGCACACAUUCAACUUCAGCACCAAGCAUUAAUGUGGUUCCACCAAUACAUGCGGGUCAUCAUGACAACACUGAAACCAACCAUGUUCGUGGAGACCAUUUCAGCAAUCACCUGCCAUAUCACUGACCUGCUGGAUGAAAUCACAUGAAGAUUCUUCAUACAACAUUAAGGUGCUACAAACAUAAAGCUAAAUGAAAAGACUACUGUACUAAGGAUUUUGCCAAUGGCUACCAAUAACUACAUCCUCCACUGAAACAUGAAACAGGAUUAUUCACUCUAUGAGAUAUGAAUACAAAUAGAAACCUGCUGGCAUUAACCUCCACAAGAAACCCAAUAAAAAC